AUGCUUCAAAUCCUUUCAGACAGGACAUGGACUUCUCUUGACUCCUCUAACCCUCCUUCUUUCCUGUCCUUUUCCAGAAUGUCUUUGCCCAACUCAGAGAACGCCUCCACCCUGGAGAACGCCAUGCAGCUCUUGAUCCAGACCUUCCAUAAGUACUCCGGAAACGAGGGGGAUAAAUACACACUGAGCAGGGCUGAGCUCAAAGAGAUGCUUACCGCAGAGCUCGGCAACUACCUGGGGAACGCCCAGGAUAAGGAGGCAGUGGACAAGGUAAUGGGAGACCUGGAUUCCAACAAUGACGGAGAGGUAGAUUUCACUGAGUUCAUUAUACUGGUUGGAGCUCUUACUGUGGCCUGUAACGACUUCUUCCUGGAGUACAAUGACAAGCCGACGAAUAAGUGAACACGCCCUUUGCACAAGGACGUCCAUUCUGCAAACCCCAAAAGCUCCAGGGAGGAAACGGACAGGAGAGAAGGACAUCCUGUCAUGGACUUCACAAUCACAAAUACACAAACACAUUAUCACACAUUAAAUGAUAGUUACUAGUAGACAUGUUGGGUGUUUGUGUAUUUGUCUGCAAUGUCCAAUCAAUCCAUUACUUACAGUAUUUAUUGCAAAUGUGAACAUCUGGAGAGUUUAAGUCCAUUUCAGCACCUGUCAUUGUUGAAUUGAGAAUAUAUCUCUCUUUCUUUUUUCUGUUCGUGUAUUUUUUUAACACAUUCAAAGCAAAGGAAAAUCUCCCUGGAAAGAAUAAA